AUGUCGGAAGAGCUUAAUAUACAAGAACAGGGUUCUGAGUCGUCUUCACUAGUAGGCGAGACCUCUGAAAAGGAGAACAUUUUAAGUAAUGAUGCUCCUGCAGCUAAGGAUAGUCAGAUUCCCAAAGAAGAGCACGGGUCUUACUUAGCUCUCACUAUCAUUACUUUCUUGAUAUCUUUUGGCGCUUUUAUCUACGGCUGGGAUAGUGGUACUAUUUCUGGAAUUGUCAACACCCCAGACUAUCUAGAAAGAUUUGGCCAGUGGAGUGAUUCAGAUAAGGACUACUAUCUAUCGGAGGUUAGGAUGGGUUUAAUUGUCUCGAUCUUUAACAUGGGUGCUACUUUUGGUGGUGUGACCCUCGGAAGGUUAGGAGACAUGUGGGGAAGACGUGAGGGUAUUUUGUUCAGCACCUGCAUCUACAUCGUUGGUACCGUUAUCCAGAUUGCCGCAAAUCACUCUUGGGUCCAGUAUUUCGUUGGCAGAAUCUUAACUGGACUUUCUGUUGGAUGUAAUUGUGUCUUAUGUCCUAUGUAUAUUUCCGAGUUGGCACCGAUGGAUAUAAGAGGAACGAUGGUCACAGUUUAUCAGUUAAUGCAAUCUGCUGGUCUUUUCUUGGGUUACUGUGCAUGUUAUGGCAGUAACAAGAACUACAUUGAUUCUCGUUCGUGGAGAAUUCCUUUAGGAUUGUGCUUUGCUUUUGCUUUGCUUCUUAUCUGUGGCUUGAUAUUUGCUCCAGAGUCCCCACGUUUCUUGGUGAAGAAUAAUCGUAUUGAUAGAGCCAAGCACUCUCUUUCGAGAGUUACCAGAGUUCCUGACGCUUCUCCUUUGAUCCAAAGGGAAAUUGACGCUUUGUUGGAGGGUGUCGAAGCGGAAGAGCUUGCAGGUAACUCUUCUUGGAAAGAGUUGGUUACAGGUAGGCCUAAGAUCUUCUACAGAGUUGUUAUGGGUGUUAUAUUACAAGCAUUGCUACAAUUGACUGGUGCCAAUUAUUUCUUCUAUUACUCGAACACUGUGUUUGCUUCGGUUGCUCUAGAUAACAGUUACGUGACAUCCAUUAUUAUUGGUGUUGUUUUCUUUGGCUCAACAUUUGUGCCUCUAUAUACCAUGGAUCAUUUUGGAAGAAGAGUGACUUUGCUUGUUGGUUCCGCAGCAUUGGCAAUAUGCUUGCUUGUCUUUGCCACCAUCGGAGUCAAGGCCCUUUAUCCACAUGAAUACGGUGUUGAUCCUAAAAAGUCAGUGGGUGGUGGAAUGAUUUUCCUAGUUUGUCUUUACAUGUUCUUCUUCUCAAUAAGUUGGGGACCUGGCCCUUACGUUGUUGUGUCAGAGUCGUAUCCUAUGCGUAUUAGAGCUAAGGGUAUGGCCAUUGCUUCCAUGGGUAAUUGGUUAUGGGGAUUCUUGAUUGGUUUCUUUACUCCAUUUAUUGCUGGUGCCAUUCACUUCGCUUAUGGUUAUGUUUUCUUUGGAUGUAUGGUUUUUGGAUUCAUCUUCAUCUUCACUUGUGUGCCAGAAACUAAAGGAUUGGCGUUGGAGGACGUUGACGAGUUGUAUAGAAAGCUUAAGCCUGGGUUUGCCUGGAGGAAGAUAGAGAUUGAAGGGCAUGACGGUGAAAAAAAGAAUGAUGCAUAG